GGGUGGGGUGGGCAUCAGUGGCUGAGGCAGUAGUGAUUCACUAAAGAAAGCUCACCUGCCACAAAGUCAGCCAUUCACAUCCACUCAACUGCAUCCUCUCCAGAGAUUCCCGUCGGAUCGCAAGCAAGAUUCAGCUACUGUAACGCCAGAUCCGCCAAAAAUCCCAUCUGACCACCAACAACACUCAGAGACCGCAUAAUAUUUAUCGCUCGUCACAGUCGCAUCCGCGCGCCUUUUCUUGCCAUCCAGUACUCCCUCUGUCCCUUAAGUAGCGCAAACGACCCCGCUAAACACCUUGUCAGACAUCAAAACAUUUCACCCCACCACCUCAAAAAGUCCUGGUCCUGGUCCUGCCAACUUUCCCAACAACACAGAUUCUGCACAGUACAAGUAAUACAAUAAUACAGAUGGAGGCAGAAGUUCCAACCCGGGUUCACUCCCCACCAAGCCCUUCGGCCAAGAGACCAAAAGGUAAAGAAGUCCUUUCUCUAUAUACAGAUCUAUCCGCUCGUCCAGACCUCGUGCUAACUCCAACCCCAGGAAUCCUCAAGAACUCCUACCACCGCUCUCCAACCCGUCAAUCCCCCAUCAUCACAUCCCCUCCCCCAGUUUCCCCAUCAGCCGUCGUAACCCACUCCCUCCCCGCCGACGCAGACAAGGACAUCACCCUCCAGAACACGCUCCAAAAUGCAGGCCAUCGUCGCUCCUCGUCCUCCUCAAUCCGCCCCGUCGGGUCUCGUAGACAAUCAAGGCACUCGUCCACCAGCCAAAACGGCGACGACACCAACAUGCGUCUAAAAUGGGACGAAGCAAACCUCUACCUGACCGAGCAAGAAAAGAGCGCAACCAUGAAAAUCGACGAGCCCAAGACGCCAUAUGCAAAACACUACGACCCGGCCGAGGACGAGGAGGAAAUCCGCACGCUCGACGCGCAGGAGAUCCUGGUCGAUGAACUGGAUCAACGACGCAGUCCGAAGAGCUCGCGCUCCCGCGAGGAAGAGAUCCCCGGUCUUAGUCUAGGAGAACCUGAAGAAGCGGUUCCGGAAGACACAGAAGACCCCGAGGAGAGACGCCGAAGAAAGGAGAAGGCGGUUCAUGUUGCGGCUCAGGAACACACUGGUCUCAGUGCGGAGGAACUCGAGAAGCAUCGUAAGUUUGAGGAGAUGAGGAAGAAGCACUAUGAGAUGAAGAACGUGGCCAAUCUUUUGGGUCAUCCCGAGGAGUUGGAUGCUUUGGAUGAUGAUGGGGAUAGUGAUAUGAAUGGGGCUGCUCAUUGA